AUGUCUGUUCUGCUGCUGUCGAUUGCUCACUCCACGUGCUUGAUGCCCAAGGCUAUCCCCUUGCCCUUGUGUUUUUUGGUGCAGUUACUGGGACACCUGGGAUUGUGGUGCUACACGCAUGAGACGGGCGAGGUCUGGGUCGGCAACAACAUAGCCUUCAGACGGCAGUUUCACAACCGUGAUUCCUGUGUCCUGGAGGGCCUAGGAGCUGUGUGUUGUGGCAACGUUAUCCCUGUUGAUCGGGCUUGUGUGUGGUCCCUUUUCUUUGGUUGGUUACUUAUCCCCUGGACCAGCCCAGAGGAGGUCAGUUGUCAUGGGGUGAAGCCCGACACCAGCACUGCGGCGCACACGGUGCUGUUAACCUCACCUGUGCAUGAAACGAUGAAGGUGAUAGUUAAAGAAGGCGCGGACGUGCUGUACAUGCCUCUCUGGGAGCUCGAGGAGCUGCUUGACUGCCGCAGCAAGAUGUACGACAUGGUGCCGGAGGUGACCGUGAAGGGCCUCUUCGGUUACUAUGGCGGCAUGGCACGGUACGUGCUGCAGCAUCCGUCGCUGGACCCCGACCGGGAGGUGCUUGAGUUGCUGAGGCCGCUGCGCACCGCGAUUGAUACUUGCAACGUUAAACAGACUGAAAGCCCCUGCGUUACAGCGGCGGAUGCUGGCUCGGUAACAUCAUCCUGCCAAGAGCCACAUGCAACCAACUUCCAGCACACCAACGUGAUCGAGACCUAUCAAGGUCGAUAA